AUGGCUGACGAAAUUGCACACACCAUCCCAGAGGAGCCAGCACUGUUAUCUCAUAACACCAAUGUCCACCAAGAGUCCGAAUUCAUCGACCCGGAGGGCGAUGUUGUGCUCGUUCUCCGCAACCCCGACGCGCCUUUUGCAGUUUGGGAAGACUCUGACUGGGCCCCGCAGUCCAAGACUGACAAGGCUGACAAGACUGAUAAGAAGGCAAAGAAGGGCAAGCGCACGAAUGAGGUGCUCCCAGAAGAGCCUUCAGAAGCCGAGCCGGCACUGUUAUCUCAUAACACCAAUGUCCACCAAGAGUCCGAAAUCGAAUUCCUCCUCUCAUCUCGGCACCUGAUUCUGGCCUCGCAUUACUUCGACAAGAAACUCAAUGGAACCUGGAAAGAGGCUGCACCUGAUCCCACUGACGGACGCUACCAUCUGGAGACGUCAGACUGGGAUUUCGAAGCGCUGCUCAUUUUGAUGAACAUCAUUCAUGGUCGAACGAGGAGCGUUCCCCGCCGCGUUGAUUGCGAGAUGCUAGCCAAGAUUGCAGUUCUCGUUGACUAUUACAAAUGCCACGAAGUCGUCGAGGUCUUCUCUUCAAUGUGGAUUGAUGCGCUGAAGAAUCAACUCCCUUCCGAAUGCACCAGAGACCUCGUGCUAUGGCUCCUGAUCGCACAUGUCUUUCAAAGAGACGACGUCUUCGCGAAUAUUACCAAGACAGCAAUUCUGAAGGGCCAGGGCCCAAUGCCUACCAUGGACCUUUCGAUCCCAUCGAUUGUGGUCGAUAUAAUCGACUGGCGUAGACAAGAUGCGAUCGCGUUCAUUUUGAACAUUCUCGACAACUUGCUUGUAUCCUUACGCACGAGCCCAGAGGUAUACAACCAUAUGUGCACCUGUCUGAAUCUGGGUGCUCUGGACAGAGCAAUGUAUAAAGAGGGACUGCUGGGAUUGAGUAAGCCAUACCUCGGUCAUAGAGUGACUGACCUCGAGACUACCGUACGCGGCUUCAGCGCCAAUGUUUAUGACCCCUGGGAACACCACCGCAAUGGGGACCUAUCGACAAUGAUCGAGUGUCGGUUGGAUUCCGAAUUUGCGAAGUAUAAGGAAGGAUUCAGUCUCGCCGAGGUUUCAAUGUCCAAUGUUUCGCGUCGCGAGGGCAAAGACAAGAACAACGAUGGCGACAAACUUGAUUGA